AUGAAACAGGAGCUUAAAGAGGAGCCCAUGGCAUUUGAUGUACCGAUUGAUAAGUACGACACGAUUGUUGAUAAACGUGGUUACCCCAUGUGGUAUUAUUCUGAUAAAGAGCAUGGUCAAAUUGGUUGCGUUAGUAAAUUCGGUCAAACACUGAGUCAUACAAUAGCGCAGUACUCGGCGUAUAAAAGUCUGAUUGAGAUGUUUGUUAUGACACUAAACCGUAUGGAAGAGGAGUUAAUGGACAGCGAAUAUAAACAAAGGCCUGAAAUUGAAUUGUUUGGAGUUCCCAAAGAACUUUAUUUUAACCCUGUCUAUUAUCUGAACACAAUUGAGUCGGCCAUAGCUAUGGGCGAGACUCUGGUCGGCGCCGACGGCAGACAUCGGGCGAUCAUUUUUACAGACUAUAAACUGCGGGACAAACUGUACGCAAAUCACCCGACAAUCAAUUGGAUCGUAACCGACAUCAGCGACGACGAGAGCGAAGAUCCGGACAAUGAAACAAACAGGUAUUACGGGGCGGGACUGUCAACGGGUGGACAACAGGUGUUGACCCAAAGGGACCACAAAUUAGAUGCUUUUGUAGAGCGAGCUCUCAUUGACAUCCGGCCAGACUUUAUAUUCGUCGACUCGCGGCUAGACUUGCCAUCAGUCGCGCGGUCAGGCGUGCCCUGGAUUGUGGUCAACGCAUCUCAGCCAUUGUCGCCCACCGUCGAUGAAAAACUCACUCAAUCCGUUUGCGUAGAGGUUGAGGUACGGGAAGGCCUAAGCGUUGGGAUCACUAUCCCCUGUAUUGAUGAUAAAGAUUUGUUAGACAAGUUGACAGAAAUCGGGAUAUUGGAAGAUAUUGAUAAGUUUCCCAAAUUGAUUAAACACAUU